CGAGCGCCGUACAGCGGCAUUAGCGAGCUCUCGCUAGCACAACGAUACAGUUUAACUCGGUAGAAACAGUUCACUCAUGCUAAACAGUAAACCCUUACGAUACGUUACUUCAUAAACAGAAUAUUCAUGGUUGUGAUGCAUUAAACGGCUUUAAAAAACUGCUAGAGUUGUCUAAGCUAGGCCUCGGUUAACUGCUCUGCAAGUGAAACUAUGGAGAACGACCCAAAAUGUAAACAGUGUUGUUAAACAUCUUUUGGCAUUAAUCUGAUACUUUAGGGGACCUACACAACCGGGAUUCAUGUCGCUUGCUAAACCGUUUCAUCUGGAAUUUCAGAAUGAACGGCGUGCAGCAAAAUGACCUGAAAAGGCAAAACCUGUUAGAGAGACUUCUUGAUGCAGUUAAACAGUGCCAAAUUCGCUUUGGUGGCAGGAAGGAGAUUGCCUCGGAUUCUGAUAGCAGAGUCAUAUGCCUGUGUGCCCAGUUUGAAGCGGUACUUCAACAUGGCUUGAGGAUAAGCCGCGGUUUAGCCCUCACAGCAGCUGCCAUUAAACAUGCUGCUGGAUUUAGCAGUAAAACUGAAGCAGAGCUGACGUUCUGGUUUUAUGUGAAGGAGCACCUCAACCGUCAUGAGUUGCAGCGCUUCUACUCUCUGCAGAAUAUCACAUCUGAGCAGGGCCGGGGCCGGGCAUGGCUUCGUUGUGCCCUGAAUGAACACUCACUCGAGCGCUAUCUUCUCAUGCUUCUGGCAGACCAUGCCCGCCUUAGUGCCUUCUAUGAAGACUGGGCUUUUGUCCUGGAUGAGGAGAGAGCCAGUAUGUUGCCCACCAUGGCUGCAGGGCUCAAUUCCAUAUUGUUUGCCAUCAACAUCGACAACACGGACCUAAAUGGCCUGGACCGCGGGGGGUCGUCGGUGUCCCACUUGCUUAAGGAGUCCACACAGGGCAUGAGCAGUUUAUGGAAAGAGUCUACUCAAGGUGUCAGCACUCUUCUGCGGGAAAUCGGUACCGCCACUGCGGUGGUUCCUGGUUUCAUCCCUCGCUCGGAUACUCCAUCAGACCCACUGCCUAUCCUGCCCCGCAGCACUUCUGCAGAUUCCAGCUUAAGAAAAGAGCGCAGACGUAAAAAGAAGAUCACAAACAUCAUCUCCUUUGAUGAUGACUUGGGUGCGGAAGAUGAGGACGAGGCUGGUGAGGUCGUUGUGAGGAGUCUCAGGAAGAGUACGGUGGGUCAUGUGAGUUCUGAGGAGGCUUUGGACCCUCCGAACUCCACCUCUCCUGUUCACAACGGCCUGACUGAGCCUGGGAUUGUGAGCUGGGCUGAAACACCCCCGCAGAACGGAGUAUUGCCUGAUACCAAGAGCAUUGACAAUGAAGAGGAGGAAGAGGACGAUAUUUAUGGAAGGAGCAGGUCAGAGCCCCCAGAAGAGGAUCAUGGGAAUGGGGAGCAGAUGGUUGUGGGGAGUUUAUCCAGUGUUUCCACAUGGAGUCCAAGGCAAAUCAUCACUGACAAUGACAACUCGCACAUUCUCAUACCUCUGGCCCCCAGUGAGCCCUACACACAAGCUGGCAGUUCAGUUGAGAAUGUCGAAUGUCAUGGACAGAAGGAGCGCUCAAGCCCACCAGCUGACAGUGAAAAACAAAGCCAACUCCAGUUUAGCAUGGAGUCAGACUUACCAGCACAGAUUGUGCCUGUGACCAGUGUUUUGCCGACCCCUGGCCUUCCCGAAUCCAUGACAGUUGCUGGGUCUCUGCGCAAUCUCCUGGAUGGAGAGAUGGAGCACUCUGCUGGGCUCAGGCAGGAGGUGGACAGCUUGAAGAAGAGACUGGCUGAACUAGAGGAGAGACAUGCAGCCAAAACCCAAGCACUCAUGAGAGAAAACGAAGUUCUGAAGGUCCAGCUGAAGAAGUAUGUUGGAGCUGUCCAAAUGCUGAAAAGAGAAGGCAGCCAAGGCAAUGACGCAUUAACCAUUCAAAGGAAUUGUGACGGUCCCCUUCCAGCCCCACAAAAUCGGUCUGUAGCUGAUAUAGAGGAACUGGCUGCCAACUAUGAGCGUAAACUCAUUGAGGUGGCUGAGAUGCACGGAGAGCUGAUAGAGUUUAACGAGAGGCUGUACUGCUCCCUCAUGGCCAAAGACAACCUGAUCGGACAGAUGAGACAGGAACUCAUCGACCUGCGCGGGCCGGUGCCAGGGGACCUGAGCCAGACCUCUGACGAUCCCAGCCUUUCUGACUUCGAGACAACACAACGUGCCCUUAUCAACGUGUGGAUCCCCUCUGUGUUCCUUCAAGGUCGGGCUGCCAACGCCUAUCAUGUAUAUCAGGUGUACAUUAGAAUCCUGGACCAUGAGUGGAAUGUGUAUCGGCGCUACACUGAGUUCAGGGUGCUGCACAAUUACCUGCGGCCGCAAUUCCCACAAGUCAACACGUUCAAUUUCCCACCUAAAAAAGCCAUCGGCAACAAGGAUGCCAAGUUUGUAGAGGAGAGGAGGAAACAGCUGCAGUCAUACCUGCGUAUGGUGAUGAAUAAACUGAUCCAGACACUGCCUGAAUUCACUGCCCAGCCCACAAAGGAGACUUUACUGCAGUUACUGCCUUUCUGCCAGGACAGCCCGACGGCUAAUGAGAGUGGAGCCAAAACUGCCAGAUCCAAAGCCUCCAGCCGCUUCCCCAGACUAGGCCGCAACUCGGGCCGUGAAGCCCGGAACCCUGAACCCCAGAGCGGUGACCUUUAACCUCUGAGCGCAAUCCUCAGAACUCAUCAGUAUGAAUGUACCGAGCCAAGGGCCUUCUCUUCUAUUAUGGAUGUACACACUGACACCGCUGGAGACUAGCUGGGUUUAGAAACGACGAACAAAAUCUGCAAGAAAAUGUGGAUUAGUGGCAGAACUUUUUCAGUUACUAUUGUGCCUAGUGAUUUAUAACAGAUGUUGUUUUUGGGAAAAGCCAGGAUGUCAUUUUGACUAACAGCAGUGACAUGAAACUUUUAUGAGACUGCGAUGAGAAUUGUGCGGAAAUAAUUUGCACAUCAUAUUAUUUGACUGCGACACAUGGGACUCAAUUUAAUUUUUCUAUUUGUAUACAUUUUGUUACCAUGCUCUGCUAUGUAUGAGGCACAAAGUUAGAUGUAAUCGUAUUAUGCCUGCACUUAUAAUACAUAAACAAAACAAUCACUUUCUACCUUCCUGUUCACAGUAAAUCCAAAAAAACUAUUUCAGAUUUUAGAUGAAAGUCUGGUCAGAAUGAAAGCGUUAGUCGAGUCUGGACUCUCGUGCUCCAGAGCCCUUGUCGUCUGUCCCUGAAAACCUUUCAUUGGAAAUUUCCCGGGCUGCCAUUAUCCUGUAUGACCUCGUCAUGCUCGAGUACUGUUACACAGAAAGAUGGGGCGUAUCGUAUUGUGUGGACUGAAUAGAAGAGAAUUUCGUAGCAGGGGAAACUCCACUGAAUGAAUGAGUGAGAGAUAAUUUUGCCCUAUUUUAACUACAAGCACAAUGAUGAUUGGGAUUCAUUACUAAUAAAUAGUAUUUAUGGUUUUAACAUGUUAUAAUGUAUAUGGAGAACAUAUAGCGGAACCAUUAAGUGUUUAAAUAAAUAAAUAGUCCUCUAUCAAAUUGAAUGUGUUGUAUAAUUGCCAUCAGAUUCUGUUCAGCUGUGUGCUUUGCGUAUGUGUCUGUUUGCAACCUUUUGUACUAGUAAGCAACUGUAUAUGAUGUUUUUUCUUAAAUAGAAUAUCUUUCUGUCCCAAAUGUGUCAGGAAGCAGCUGUUUUGCAACCUUAAGAGUACAUGAGCUUAAUGAAUACACGAAUAAAUACAAGUACCA